AUGUUUCCCAUACCCUCUGAUCCUGACCCCCCUGUUAGUCCCAUACCCUCUGACCCCUGUGUUGGUCCAAUACCCUCUUCUCCUGACCCCUGUGUUAACCCCACGCCCCCUGACCCCUGUGUUAACCCCACGCCCCCUGACCCCUGUGUUAACCCCACGCCCCCUGACCCCUGUGUUAACCCCACGCCCCCUGACCCCUGUCCCCACGCCCCUGACCCCUGUGUUAGCCCCACGCCCCCUGACCCCUGUGUUAGCCCCACGCCCCCUGACCCCUGUGUUAGCCCCACGCCCCCUGACCCCUGUGUUAGCCCCACGACCCCUGUGUUAGCCCCUGACCCCCCUGUGUUUAGCCCCUGA